AAUCUUCAAUCUGUCAUCUGACCCCUAGAAUUCUCUCCCCCCACACAAUUCUUCCCCGUAGUAUUUCUCUGUGAACGUUGACUGGUUCAGAGUAAAAGUUAGAGACUUUAGAUACCACCGACGACUGACCAAUCUAUCUUCCUGGAAACCUCUCACCCCACCGCAUAUGGCGGCCCUCUUUUUCCUUCACCAAAAUUCCAGUAUCCUUCCCAGUCAAAUUCCAUCCCCAUAAUCACCCCCCUUUACACAUCCAUAUCUCGAACACCCCUCCCCCUCCCCCUCCCUCCCAUCGCUUUCACCUUUCUCCUCCUUGAAUUCCUCUUGUUUCGCCAUGGUUGGUGGUCUCCAAGCUCUUAUCGCAGCCGCUGCGAGUUUCCUCAUCGUGACGAUAAUCGUGGCUUUAUUGAUCAUCGUCUGUAAACGAAACGAGAAGCCUACAUAUCGCAACCGAGCUCACGAUCGAGCCCAAGCCCGAACCCGUGCCCUCUCCAGAGGUAGCAACGAGCUUUCCUCCAUCACUGUCGACGAGAGCGCGUCCUUCGACCCUAACCUCAGAAUCUCCAUGGCCGAUCUCGUCAUCGCCACCAAGAACUUCUCCGCCGACCUGAUCGUUGGAGACGGAAGCUUCGGCCUCGUCUAUAAGGCGCAGCUUAGUGGCGGCACCGUCGCCGUCAAGAAGCUCGACCCGGACGCUUUUCAAGGGUUUCGGGAGUUUCAGGCCGAGAUGGAGACCCUGGGUAAGCUCCGUCACGAAAAUAUCGUCAAGAUUCUCGGGUACUGCGUCUCGGGGUCCGAGAGACUCCUAGUUUAUGAGUAUAUGGAAAAAGGCAGCCUCGAUCAAUGGUUGCAGGACGCUUCAUCAGAAAACGAUACCUCGGCAGCGAUCUGGUCAAACUCCGGCGUACGGUUACCGUUAUCUUGGGAGACGAGGGUUAAGAUUGCCCAGGGUGUGGCUAAUGGGCUCGCCUAUUUGCAUGGUUUGGAGAAGCCCAUCAUUCAUAGGGAUAUAAAAGCUAGCAAUGUGUUGUUGGAUUCGAGAUUUGAGGCCCAUAUUGCAGACUUUGGGCUAGCAAGAAGGGUCGACGAGCAUUCCCACGUGUCGACGCAAGUGGCGGGCACGAUGGGAUACAUGCCGCCGGAGUACAGGGAAGGACUGACAGUGGCAACGGUGAAGGCCGACGUGUAUAGUUUUGGGGUAUUAUUGCUUGAAAUCGCGACAGGUAUGCGACCCAAUUUACCGGCAGUCGUGGAUGGAAAAGAGGUUGUGCUAGUGGAAUGGGCAAAAGGAAUGGUGGCCCACAAUAGGCAAAUGGAAAUGUUGGAUGCCAAUAUCAUGAGAGAGGAGCUAUCGGAGGCCAAUGUGAAGAACUAUUUUGAAAUUGCUCGUUCGUGCACAAGUGAGAUAGCAAGAGAGAGGCCAACAAUGGGUCAGGUGGUUGAAUCGUUGAAUGCAAUUUCAGGGUGAAAUUGCAUUUAAAAGUUGUUGUUCAAGUUCUUUGAGAGACUCAUUGAGAUCAUGGAAGGGAAGUAAAUAGCUUGUUGAGCAAGGUAUGAAUUAUGUGCAAGUAGUGUCGUUUUAGUAUUGUGGUUAAAGUAAGGCUGUUUGGAAUGGAUUUGUGCAUAAGCCAAAGUCCUUAGAGUUAUUGUCACUUUAUUAUUAUUAUUAUAGACUGUAGUUUUCACCCUUA